GGCAAAAAAAAACAAAAAAAACACGAAAUCCUUCAAACCCACAGCCGUAGAAACCGAACCAUUCUCGCCCGACUCUUCUUCAUCCCUCUUCUCGCCGAGACAGAGAGAGUCCCAAAUCCUGUAAUGAAGGCAACCAAGAGGCCAAUUCAGGCCGUAGCCACAUGGGUUCGACGUCAACCCCCCAAGAUCAAGGCCUUUCUGGCCGUCGUCUCUGGAAUGGCUGCCCUUGUUUUCUUGCGCUUUGUGGUUCAUGACCACGACAAUCUUUUCGUCGCUGCCGAGGCUGUUCACGCCAUCGGAAUCUCCGUCCUCAUUUACAAACUCAUGAAAGAGAGGACUUGCGCAGGACUUUCACUAAAAUCUCAGGAACUAACGGCAAUUUUUCUAGCUGUUAGACUUUAUUGUAGUUUUGUUAUGGAAUAUGAUAUACAUACACUAUUGGAUACAGCAACUCUGGUAACGACUCUUUGGGUUAUUUAUAUGAUUCGGUUUAAGCUUAGAUCCAGCUACAUGGAAGACAAAGAUAAUUUCCCCAUUUACUAUGUGGCGGUACCCUGUGCUCUGUUAUCUUUUGUGAUCCAUCCAACAACUGUGCAUAACAUAAUUAAUAGAAUAGCAUGGGCAUUUUGUGUUUAUCUUGAAGCUGUUUCAGUACUACCUCAGCUGCGCGUCAUGCAAAAUACAAAGAUUGUUGAGCCGUUUACCGCACAUUAUGUGUUUGCCUUAGGAGUUGCAAGGUUCUUGAGUUGUGCACAUUGGGUCCUACAGGUCCUGGAUACACGUGGACGUUUGUUAACAGCAUUGGGUUAUGGAUUAUGGCCAUCCAUGGUUCUCCUAUCAGAGAUCGUUCAGACUUUCAUUCUUGCUGAUUUCUGUUAUUAUUAUGUCAAGAGUCUUGUUGGUGGACAGCUUGUUCUACGCCUUCCCUCUGGAGUGGUGUAACUUCAACAAAAAGGUGUAUGCCACACGACAGGGAAUGAGAGACCGUCUUGCUCAUCUUAGGCUCUAAUUGGGAAGGUAGGAUAUGGGUCUCAGUUGGACUAAUGGUUAUACGUGAAAUGUGAAGGAUGCACAAGUUUUCAAGACAUAGGAUAUGGUCUGUAACAGUUUUUUGUUUUCUUGUUUUUUUUUUUUUUGUUUUAUAUAACAUGGUCUUAUUUACUCUAGAUUUUCUAUCAUCAUCUUCUCUACAAAAGGUAUGAUUUUAAGAUGGAAAAUAAUAUGUAUCACGGGGUUUUGUUGCUUCCUGUUGAAGAUGAAACCAUAGUUAAGCCUAACCUGCAAUGCAUAUGGCCUGUAUUGUCUAUUUCUGCAUUUAAGAAAGGUGUAAGGGAAAUAUUUAUAUCCAAUGGAUGAAUCUUUCUGUAGGUAUCAUAAACCAA